AUUCGAAGCGUGGUAGGGGCGGGGCGCGCUGUGAGGCGCCGCUGAGGUGGUCUAGACCCCGGCUGAGGCGACGGAGGCGGAUCCCGCGACAGCCGAGUGGCGGCGGCGGCUGUAGCUGCGGCGUCCUCGCUUCGGCCGCUACCCUGCGGCUCCUGACAACCGUAACAUGGACGAGGCGGUGGGCGACUUGAAACAGGCGCUGCCCUGCGUGGCCGAGUCGCCCGUGGUCCAUGUGGAGGUGCUGCAGCGCGGCGGCAGCACUGCGAAAAAAGAAGAUAUAAGGCAGAGUGUUUCCAAACUGCUCAACAGGCAUAAUAUUGUGUUUGGAGAUUACACAUGGACUGAGUUUGAUGAACCUUUUCUAACCAGAAAUGUGCAGUCUGUGUCUAUUGUUGACACAGAAUUAAAGGCUAAAGACCCUCAGCCCAUUGAUCUGAGUGUACGCACCGUUGUACUUCACAUCUUCCAGUUGAAUGAAGAUGGCCCCAGCAGUGAAAAUUUGGAAGAAGAGACAGAAAAUAUAAUUGCAGCAAAUCACUGGGUUCUUCCUGCAGCUGAAUUCCACGGGCUUUGGGACAGCCUCGUGUAUGAUGUGGAGGUCAAAUCACACCUCCUUGAUUAUGUGACAACUACCUUACUGUUCUCAGACAGGAAUGUGGACAGCACCCUCAUCACCUGGAACCGAGUGGUCCUGCUGCAUGGUCCUCCAGGAACUGGAAAAACAUCCCUUUGUAAGGCAUUAGCCCAGAAACUAACCAUCAGACUGUCAAGCAGGUACCGGUAUGGCCAAUUGAUUGAAAUAAACAGCCACAGCCUAUUUUCUAAGUGGUUUUCAGAGAGUGGCAAGUUAGUAACUAGGAUGUUCCAGAAGAUCCAGGAGUUGAUUGAUGAUAAAGAAGCUCUGGUAUUUGUGCUGAUUGAUGAGGUAGAGAGUCUUACAGCUGCUCGAAAUGCUUGCAGGGCAGGCACAGAACCAUCAGAUGCCAUCCGGGUGGUCAACGCUGUCUUGACCCAAAUCGAUCAGAUUAAAAGGCAUUCCAAUGUGGUGAUUCUGACCACUUCCAACAUCACUGAGAAGAUCGAUGUGGCCUUCGUGGACAGAGCUGAUAUCAAGCAGUACAUCGGGCCCCCUUCUGCAGCAGCCAUCUUCAAAAUCUACCUUUCUUGUGUAGAAGAACUGAUGAAGUGCCAAAUCAUAUACCCUCGCCAGCAGCUGCUGACCCUCCGAGAACUGGAGAUGAUUGGCUUCAUUGAAAACAACGUGUCCAAGUUGAGCCUCCUUUUGAGUGAAAUUUCAAGGAAGAGUGAAGGCCUCAGUGGCCGAGUCCUGAGGAAACUCCCUUUCCUGGCUCACGCGCUCUACAUCCAGGCUCCCAGUGUCACCAUCGAGGGUUUCCUCCAGGCCUUGUCUCGAGCAGUAGACAAACAAUUUGAGGAGAAAAAGAAGCUUUCAGCUUAUGUUUGAUCCCAGGCAUCCCCAUCUGUGGUUUUCAAUGGACAGCUAGUAGGUGGCACCACCUAACCUCACACUACGCUACAGAAAUCCCUCUAAACCAUGUAUAUCUAUCUGUAAGGCAGACAGGUCAAGCUUUGUCAAAAGAAGGCUAUAUUUGUGUUAUUUUAAAAUGCAUAUUUAAAGGCAAACCACUUAUCUUUUUCACUGUUUUAAAAGGCAGUUUAAAUUGUUUGCCUCUGUAAAGAUCUGUAUAAAUAUCCGCAUUGUACCUCGCAAGGUGUUUAAAUUGUUUAAAACAAGGGGAGGUCAAAACGGCUAUCACAGAAAGUAGCAAUAACAAAUAAGUGUAGAUCACAGCAUUGAAAGACUGAGCAUUGAAAGCUCAAGCUGGAAGGGAGCAGUUACUUACUGCUCUGAGUCUGUUUCUGUUAGCACAGGAGGCUAUAGUGGAGGAGAAGACCUGGUCAUAUGGAUGUAAAUUGAGGAAAAGAUUCCAGGUAAGGAGUUCUUUGAUAGUGACCACGUGUUUUCAUAGGAACAGUGCACAUCCUCUUGUCAAAUGAAGCAAGCAGAGUAUGGAAAUUUCUGCCCAAUGUUUUCUUUGUUCAGUAAUGUUACUAUGUUUCAACUUG